GAUAUAUUAACACCAUUUCUUACAUUUAUGCUUAAACAAUGUUAGCAUAUGUUUUUGCGAGAUGGCAAGGCCGAGAACAUAUGACGUUGAUGUAUUUGCAUAAUGAUAGUCUUUUUAUUUCAAUUUGAAAUUCAGCUUGUAAGAAGGUGUUUUUUUAGUUAGAAUUUAUUAGAGGCAUAAAUGAUAUAUCAGUAUCUAUAAACUACACCACCAGCAUUUAAAAUGAGUCAUGAUAAUAACAGCGGAGUUCCGUCGAGAACUAAAAAUAGAAUAAAAGCGAAUUGGCUUUUGUUUGUGAUUGGACUAUUAACAUUAAUAUGCAUUUUUGAUGUUGUUGUUCAUCAACGUAAAAUGUCUGUGAUGCAGAUGCAAAGUAACAAAAGUAGAUGUAAAAAGGUGAUAGACGAACAUAAUUUAUUUCAAAUACCUGAUGAUGACAUUAUAGACAAAAUGGACAACAAUUCUUUGUAUUUAUUGUUUAACAAGUAUGUGAAUCUUCAACAGUACUACUGCUGCAAUAUUACUCGCCAAGGUCAGAAACUAUCAACAGGAAAAAAUGUAUGUGAAGAUGACUUUUUCAAACCAGGAUCAAAAUGCAACGUGUAUUCUUUUGGGUCAAAGUUUAAUUUCGACUUCGAAGAAAGUAUAUGGAAAAAUUUCAAUUGUGAAAUUCACACGUUUGAUCCAAGCAUGCCAGUUGAACAGAAGACAUUACCAUUUUUCAUAGGUUAUCACCUGAUUGGCCUGUCCGGGAAAAAUUUCAUUCAAACGGAACCCGAAAUAUGGAGACAUCAUAAUAAGCCUUUGUGGAAAACAUGGCAGAUGCAAACACUGUCAUCAAUUAUGGAUUCGCUUAAUCAUUCAGAUGCAACAAUUGACAUUCUAAAAAUAGACAUUGAAGGAUGGGAAUGGGAUGCACUCCCUGAAAUGAUACAGGGGGGAAAACUACGAAAUGUGAAACAACUCUGUAUUGAAAUACAUUUUGGAUUUAGCUUCAAGCAUCAAACAACGAAUGGGCAUAUUAAACACGUUUUUACUAAUAAUACAUGGGGAAAUGUUCCCUUAAAGGGUCAACUUAAAAUUCUGAAGCAGUUAUACAAUUAUAUGUUUCGAAUAGUUAGAAAUCAAUCAUUCAAUUGGGGGAGGAUAAAAAUUGAAAACAAGAUUAUAAGAACGCUUAAUGAAUUAACACUUAUAAAUCUAAGGUUCUUAACGUGAAAUGGUCAACGCACAUGGUAUACCAAAUCAAACAAUGUCUAAUUGCAAAGAUUACUAAGUAAUAACUUUGUAAAAAUGAUAUCAUUUAGGUUCCAAAUAAAUCACAUAUAUUUUCAUAAAGAUGGAAUUGUUACAAACAAGUUAUUUACAGCUUUAUUAUUGUGUUUAUUUAAACAAAUCUACAUUGGUGAUAAUGUCAAACUUGAGGUAUAUGGUUAGGGUUAGGCAGAACAGGGUUUUUGUUAAAAGAAGCUGUACUAAACGUGGCAAUCAGAUUUUAAAUCCAACAGGGUGAUUAUGAGGUUAUACCACAGUUUAAAAUUAUGAAUUUUUAUGUGGAGAACACAUAGAAGCAGCUCUGAAAUGCCUUUGCAUUUAUGUAUUUGAAAUCACCGUGUAAAUUUAUUUUCAAAAAUAUCUUAAAAAUGUACAUAAGAAAUAAGAAAAACAUUCAGAAAUUAUGAAAAAUACCUUACAAUUGUAUUUUAUGAAAUGUAAUAUGAAAUAUAGGCCCUUUCUUGUAGGGUAAAAUCUUAGCAUUGUGUUUUUGUAUCAAGUCAUCGGAUCAUGGGGAUUUUUCUCAAUAAAUAGAUAAUUGGAUACAUAUUAAGAAGUUGUACAGCUUGGUUUGUAAUGAUGACACGAAUGAUUU